CCAAAAGCAGGCUGCACAGAUGAAGCAUUGGCAACAGAAACAUAGCAAUUAUACUGGAAUAUUGACUGCGGAUUGUGAGGAACAGUGAAAUGGAUCUCCUCUUGCUCCUGUCAUCUCUCAUAUUCUGUGGUAUCUGCUCCACGUUAGCGACUGGUAUCUCUACCCCGAAAUCCUUGGUUGUAGAGGAGGGAAUGGAGUUACGUUUGGACUGCAAACUCGAAUACCAAACUGACGUUCAACAGCACAACAUCAAAUUGGAAUGGUUGUACAGCCCUGACAGUGAUACCGAGGAGGUCUUGAUUUUCUUUCACUACCAAAACCUCAGUGUGAUUGUGCAGGACAGUGUAUUCUCCCCGAGACUGCAGUGGAUGGGUGAUAUUGGACAAGGCAAUGGCUCCAUUCUCAUAUCUGAAGUGGAAUGCAGUGACAGAGGUUCCUUCACUUGUGAUAUGCGGAUCCCAAGGUCAUCCAGCAGCAUCUAUAGAAGCAGAAUUGAUCUAACAGUAUUGUGCAAAGACACCAAACGUACACGGAGCUUAAGACCAUCCAUGUUAGUGGAAGCAGUUCCAAAGAAUAUAAUCAUAUAUACAACAGCAGCAGGUGUUAUCAUUUUCUUUGUUGCACUUAUCCUUGGAAGCACAUGGAAGAAAUGGUCAAUAAGAAGUCAAAGCAGGAGAUAUCCAGGAGGGCUUGAAGACUCAGAGGAAAUAGUGCGCUACGUCACUGUGACCAACCGAAACCCAGUCCAGAUCGAGAGACAAAAUAAAGCCAUGGAGGAAAUGAAAAAUAAGGACUCAAAGAACGGUGAAGAGGAAACUUAUGUAACAAUGCGCUCAAUCUUACAAUCAAAGACACCCAACGAUCUUCCGAAACCUAUUGUAGCCAAUGCUCCCAUACCUGGAGAACAUUCCCAUGCGGUUUUGCCUUUGGAUUUUCAGGUCGAUCAUUGGAAUUUUUGAGGCUGUAUUCAUUAUCUUGUUAACAGCAAAGACAAACACAAUUCUUCCAGACUAAGUCAGAUUGUUCUGGUUUGAUGAAGAUGGUGGAUAAUGGGUAAUGUCACUGGGCUAUUAAUUCUGUGGCCCAGGAUAAAAUUUUUGGGGAUUGGUGGAUGAAGUCCCACCACAGCAUCUAGUAGAAUUUACAUUUGGUUAAUAAACUCUGGUAUAUAAAGCCAGUCUCAGUAAUUGUGACCAGGAAAUUAUCAUCAAUUGUUGUAAAACCCCAUCCAGUUCACUGAUGUUCUUUAGGGAAGGAAAUCUGCCAUCCUUACCUUGUCUGG